AUCAAAAGCGGAAAUAACUAAAGGAAAUGCACGAGGAACUGAUGGGCAUGUGCCACAAACCAGAUGAGGAGCUGCUGCAGGAUUUGGGAGCCCUACUGAUGAGGAGGGAGUCUGUGCAGCUGCACAUGCCCCGGCCUGUGCGUCCAGAGCUCAGCGUCAGAGCCAUCACUGGACUGAUGGACAGAUACAGCCGCUACCGGGUGGAGAUUUAUUUCCACAAUGAAGUAAGCAAUCAGCACAUCAGGCUGUUUGACGAUUUGAGAGACUUCACAUUUAGAUCUCACAGUCAAGAUCAGUCUUUGAAUCCUGAGAAAUCUAACUAUUUUGCUGCUUGGGGAGACCAGGUCUUCACUGCUGGGAAGUAUUACUGGGAGCUGGAUAUGGACGACUCUCGGGACUGGGCUCUAGGGGUCUCUAGAGAUUACCCGAUACGCAGACUUGGCACAACGCUUGUAUCUGGGGACAUGUUUCUUCUUGCAUGUGUGAGGCAGGAUAAUCAGUACACUCUCUGGACAACCUCCCCAGCGAUUCCUCAGUUUGUAGAGAAAUCUGUGGGCUGGGAUGGUGUGUAUCUUGAUUUGCAGAGUGGAAGUGUGAGUUUUGUGAAGGUUGCCAAGAGUUCCCUCAUAUGGAAGUGCCGCGCUGGCUCCUUGUGUUUCCCUGUCAGGCCUUUCGUUAUCAUUGGACACAAAUGA